AUGGCCGCGCGCCCCGGCCCGCUCUGGCUCCUGGGCCUUGCGCUGUGCGCGCUGGGCGGCAGUGGCCCCGGCCCGCGGCCCCCGCCCGGCUGUCCCCAGCGUCGUCUGGGCGCGCGCGAACGCCGCGACAUGCAGCGCGAGAUCCUGGCGGUGUUCGGGCUGCCCGGGCGGCCCCGGCCCCGCGCGCCGCCCGCCGCCGCCCGCCUGCCCGCGUCCGCGCCGCUCUUCAUGCUGGACCUCUACCACGCCAUGGCUGGCGACGACGACGAGGACGGCGGGCCCCCGGAGGGGCGCCUGGGCCGCGCGGACUUGGUCAUGAGCUUCGUCAACAUGGGUAAGUGCGGGCCGCCGGGGAUGGCGUCGGGGACCCCGCGGGAGUCUGACUUGUUCUUUUUGGAUCUUCAGACGCUCCGAGCUGGGGACGAGGGCUGGCUGGUGCUGGAUGUCACAGCAGCCAGUGACCGCUGGCUGUUGCACCGUAACAAGGAACUGGGACUCCGCCUCUAUGUGGAAACCGAGGAUGAGGCCGUGGUGGUGGCCUCCUUUGGCCCUGGUGUCCCGCCGUUCUUGUCUGUGUCCACUGGCCUGUGCGCGGGACAUGGCUGGACGGAGGGCAGCAUCGUCCAGGGCCUGCUCGGGCAACGACUCUGGACCCCGUCCCGGUCCCGGGGAAGGCGCGGGAGCAGCUCCCUCCUUGUCCCUGCGGCGGGCCGGCAGGAACCCGGCGCCUGGCCGCAGACACCUGGCUUCGAGCAUGACCCGAGGCGCGCGUCAGGGCGCGGGCGCCCUCCCUGCUCUGUGACGCGGCGUCAGCGGCUCGGGACACGCACGCGGGGCGUCCCCGGCCUGUGCCCCGACCUCGGAGCCCGAAGGACCAUGGCGGCGCGGCGGCUCCUGGCGGCGGCGCUGGGGAGCUGCGUCCCCGCCGGCCGCGCGGGGCCCGCGCUGUCCCAGGGCUGCUUCCGGCGCAGCUUUGCCACCAGCCCCCGUCCCCGCGCCAGAUUCUACACCGACCCCGUGGAGAUGGUGAAGGACAUCUCCGAUGGGGCCACCAUCAUGGUCGGGGGCUUCGGGCUCUGCGGGAUCCCCGAGAACCUGAUCGCGGCGCUGCUCCGGACGCGCGUGAAGGACCUGAAGGUGGUCAGCAGCAACGUCGGGGUGGACGACUUCGGCCUGGGCCUCUUGCUGGCCACCAGGCAGAUCCGCCGCAUCGUGUGCUCCUACGUGGGCGAGAACGCGCUGUGCGAGAGCCAGUACCUGGCCGGCGAGCUGGAGCUGGAGCUGACGCCCCAGGGCACCCUGGCCGAGCGCAUCCGCGCGGGGGGCGCCGGGGUGCCCGCCUUCUACACGCCCACGGGCUACGGCACCCUGGUGCAGGAAGGGGGCUCCCCCAUCAGGUACUACCCAGACGGCCACCUGGCCAUCAUGAGCCAGCCCCGGGAGGUGAGGGAGUUCGGCGGCGAGCACUACCUGCUGGAGCGCGCCAUCAGGGCGGACUUCGCGCUGGUCAAGGGCUGGAAGGCUGACCGCCAGGGCAACGUGAUCUUCAGGAGGAGCGCCAGGAACUUCAACGCGCCCAUGUGCAAAGCUGCAGACGUCACGGCGGUGGAGGUGGAAGAAAUCGUGGAUGUGGGGACUUUCCCCCCAGAGGACAUCCACGUCCCUAGCAUUUACGUGGAUCGCGUGAUAAAGGGGGCGAAAUAUGAGAAAAGAAUCGAGCGGAUAAGGUUCCGCGAACAGCAGGCUGGAGAAGCCAAAGGCGGGGACGACACAAGGACACGCAUCAUCAAGCGGGCAGCUCUGGAGUUCGAGGACCGCAUGUACGCCAACCUGGGCAUCGGGAUCCCCCUGCUGGCCAGCAACUUCAUCAGCCCCAACAUGACCGUGCACCUGCACAGUGAGAACGGCAUCCUGGGCUUGGGCCCGUUUCCUCCGAAAGCUGAGGUCGAUGCGGAUCUCAUCAAUGCAGGCAAGGAGACAGUGUCCGUGUUCCCCGGGGGCUGUUUUUUCGCCAGCGAUGACUCAUUCGCUAUGAUCCGAGGGGGGCACAUCCACCUCACCAUGCUCGGAGCCAUGCAGGUGUCCAAGUACGGCGACCUGGCCAACUGGAUGAUUCCCGGCAAGAAGGUGAAAGGAAUGGGCGGUGCCAUGGAUCUGGUGUCCAGUCUCAAGACCAGAGUGGUGGUCACCAUGGAGCACUGUACGAAGAGCAACACCCCCAAGAUCAUGGACAAAUGCACCAUGCUGCUGACCGGGAAGCGCUGUGUGGACCGCAUCAUCACCGAGAAGGCCGUGUUUGACGUGCACAAGAAGAAGGGGCUCACGCUGGUGGAGCUCUGGGAGGGCUUGACCGUGGACGACAUCAAAAAGAGCACGGGGUGCGCCUUUGCCGUGUCCCCCAACCUCAGGCCCAUGCAGCAGGACUGGGUCAUCGCCCCGCAAGGCUACUCGGCCUAUUACUGCGAGGGGGAGUGCUCCUUCCCACUGGACUCCUGCAUGAACGCCACCAACCACGCCAUCCUGCAGUCCCUGGUGCACCUGAUGAAGCCGGACGCAGUCCCCAAGGCAUGUUGCGCGCCCACCAAGCUAAGCGCCACCUCCGUGCUCUACUAUGACAGCAGCAACAACGUCAUUCUGCGCAAGCACCGCAACAUGGUGGUCAAGGCCUGUGGCUGCCACUGA